AUGAACAAGAUGUCUGUGAAAUGGCUCUCACUUCUGCUGCUACUACAGCUGACUUGCUACUUUAGUCCUGGAAGUUGUGGAAAGGUGCUGGCACGGCCAAUGAAAUACAGUCAUUGAAUGAAUAUGAAGACAAUCCUGGAUGAACUUGUCAUGAGGGGUCAUAAGGUGACUGUUCUGACAUCUUCAGCUUCCAUUCUUAUUGAUCCCAACAAACCAUCUGCUAUUAAGUUUGAGACUUUCCCUAUGUCUUUAACUAAAGAUAAUUUGAAGAAUGCCAUCAAGCAUUUGGUAGAGAAAUGGACAUAUCUGGCAAAAAAUUCGUUGUGGACAUAUUUUUCAUCAUUAAGAAGUUUAUUUUGGGAACUUUCUGACAUGCUUAUGAAUAUCUGUAAAGAUGUUGUUUCGAACAAGAAGCUUAUGACAAAACUACAUGAAUCAAGGUUUGAUGUUGUUCUUGCAGAUGUUGUUGGACCCUGUGGUGAGCUGCUGGCUGAGGUACUUAAAGUACCUUCAGUGUACAGUCUCCGCUUCUCUCCUGGCUAUUCAGUUGAAAAGUAUAGUGGAAGACUUCCAUUCCCACCAUCCUAUGUACCUGCUAUGUUUUCAGAAUCAAGUGAUCACAUGACAUUCAUGGAGAGGGUCAAAAAUAUGAUAUAUGCACUUUAUUUUGACUUUUGGUUCCAGACAUUUAAUGAGAAGAAAUGGAAUCAGUUUUACAGCGAAGUACUAGGAAGACCGACUACAUUAUUAAAGGCAAUGGGGAAAGCUGAAAUGUGGCUCAUUCGAACAUACUGGGAUUUUGCAUUUCCUCUCCCACUGCUACCAAAUUUUGAAUUUGUUGGAGGCCUCCACUGCAAACCAGCCAAACCCCUGCCUAAGAUCUACGUCUUUCAGGUGAGCGACCAAGGAAUUCUACAGCAGGAUGAAAAGAGACAUCCAGGAACAGAAGGAAGCUAUGCCUACGACAACAAAACAUUGAGUGAAAAGUCAGACAUAGAGAUGCUAGUUCUAUGA